AAAAACCUCAUCUCACUUAUAUAAGUAGUAAAUGCAAGUGGGAAAAAUACAAAAUCAAUUCAGGAUAAGAAACACCAAACCAUUGAAGAGAAAAGAGAAAGAGAGAGAAACAUGUCAGGUCAGUUAACAAACCAACUGUGCAACGCUUCCACUUUGACCCCCAAAACGACGUCGUCACAGCAUCCGAAACCCGCUCUUUCCCACACCAAACGGGUCACCCGAACGGUCCGAGUCCACGCCCUUGCGUCCAAGACCAAUGCCAGAGAGCUCAUACGAUCAGGGACUGUACGGACCGUACGCCCAAGCGAAGCCGGCGCCGUCAUCGGCGACGAGGGGUUCGUGCUAUUAGACAUCCGACCGGUGUGGGAGAGAGAGAAGGCGCGCGUGACUGGAUCGGUUCACGUGCCUCUGUUCGUUGAGGACAAGGACAAUGGUGUUCUCACUCUGAUUAAGAAGUGGGUUCAUUUUGGGUACAUUGGGUUGUGGACUGGACAAUAUUUCACGACUUUGAAUCCUGAUUUUCUCGAGAAAGUGGAGGAAAAUGUUCCUGAUAAGACUACUAAGCUUCUUGUUGCUUGUGGUGAAGGACUGAGGUCAUUGAUGGCAACAACAAAAUUAUACGAAGGAGGGUACAAAAAGUUGGGAUGGUUAGAAGGAGGAUUCAAUCGAAGUAAAGUUGGAGAUUUUGUAGCCAUUGAAGGCUCUGAAAAGUUAGAAUAUGCUACCAUUGGAGGUGUAUCUUACAUCUUUCUUCAGUUGCUCAUCCUUUUAAGAGUUGUUACUUAAUCACUAACACAAUGAUUUCGAUCUCCACCUCAGAUGUUCCAAGAUCGAUAUUUUUUGUAAGUUUAAAAAAUGUUAAUUGUUUAAUCAUCUCCGUAAGGAAAUGCUUUCAAGAAAUUAUGUAUUUGCAAGUUUCUUAUAUUUAGUAUGUUUAUAUGUUACAAUGUUAGAUGGUAGGAACAUCUUACACUAAA